AUGUCAGCUGGUCAAUGGGAUAAAUUAGGAAUGGAUAUUGCUUUCGAAGAAGCUGCCAACGGUUACGCUGAAGGUGGUGUUCCCAUCGGUGGUUGUCUGAUCAAUAACAAGGAUGGUAAAGUUUUGGGUCGUGGUCACAAUAUGAGAUUCCAAAAGGGCUCUCCAACUUUACAUGGUGAAAUCUCCACAUUGGAAAACUGUGGGAGAUUGGAAGGGAAAGUUUAUAAGGAUACCACCUUAUACACUACUUUAUCUCCUUGUGAUAUGUGUACUGGUGCCAUCUUGAUGUAUGGUAUUCCACGUGUUGUCAUUGGUGAAAGCGUCAACUUCAAGAGUCCAGGUGAAGCUUAUUUAGCAUCAAGAAACGUUCAAGUUGUACAAAUGGAUGACGAAAGAUGUAAGACUAUUAUGAAGAAAUUUAUUGAUGAAAGACCACAAGAUUGGUUCGAAGAUAUUGGUGAGUAG